UUCACCUCUUUUUCGGUAUUCUCUGUCCUGCCUCCCAGAAGAAGCCAGAAGGAGACUCUCGUUGCCAUGAACUCUGCCAUCACCAGCUGUGAGCCCCCCAGCCCCGUGCAGAGGGAUGAUGGUGUGCUCAGCUCCCAUACUGAUGGCCAACGCAGAAAGAAGGGACAGUCCCGGAGUCCCAGCACCAGCCACCUGGCCUAUGGUGUCUUAGACAUCCCACCAUGGUAUCUCUGCAUCUUCUUGGGCAUCCAGCACUUCCUCACAGCCCUGGGGGGACUCGUGGCGGUGCCACUCAUCCUGGCCAAGGACCUAUGCCUGCAGCAUGACCCUUUGACCCAGAGCUACCUCAUCAGCACCAUUUUCUUCGUCUCUGGGAUCUGCACUCUCCUGCAAGUGUUUUUAGGGGUCAGGCUGCCCAUUCUCCAGGGAGGGACCUUUGCUUUUGUGGCACCCUCUUUGGCCAUGCUGUCCCUUCCUGCCUGGAAGUGUCCUGAGUGGACAUUCAAUGCCAGCCGGGUGAAUACCAGCUCCCCCGAAUUCAUCGAAGAAUGGCAGAUGAGGAUCCGAGAGUUGCAGGGUGCCAUCAUGGUUGCUUCCUGUGUCCAGAUGCUAGUGGGCUUCUCAGGGCUCAUCGGUUUUCUCAUGCGUUUCAUCGGCCCCUUGACCAUUGCUCCAACCAUCUCUCUGGUGGCCCUGCCUCUCUUCGAUUCUGCAGGCAGUGAUGCUGGGAUCCACUGGGGCAUCUCUGCCAUGACCAUCUUCCUCAUCGUGCUGUUUUCUCAGUACCUGAAAAACGUCGCGGUGCCCGUGCCCGUUUAUGGAGGAGAGAGGAAGUGCCAGACCUCCAAGUUCUACCUGUUUCAGGUCUUUCCUGUGCUACUGGCCCUCUGCAUUUCGUGGCUCAUCUGCUUCAUACUCACCGUCACCAACGCCCUCCCCUCGGCCCCCACAGCCUAUGGGUACCUGGCCCGCACGGACACCAAAGGCAGCGUCCUGAACCAGGCCCCCUGGUUUCGCUUCCCUUACCCAGGACAGUGGGGCCUCCCCACCAUCAGCCUGGCUGGAGUCUUUGGGAUCAUCGCAGGGGUGAUCUCCUCGAUGGUGGAGUCCGUAGGCGAUUAUUAUGCCUGUGCCCGGCUGGUGGGGGCCCCGCCCCCUCCGAAGCAUGCCAUCAACCGCGGCAUUGGCAUCGAGGGCCUCGGCUGCCUGCUGGCGGGGGCCUGGGGGACAGGGAACGGCACCACCUCCUACAGCGAGAAUGUCGGGGCCCUGGGCAUCACCAGGGUGGGGAGCAGGGUGGUGAUUGUCGCUGCAGGCUGCGUGCUGCUCCUGAUGGGCAUGUUUGGGAAGAUUGGGGCUGCAUUUGCCACCAUCCCAACCCCAGUGAUUGGAGGCAUGUUUCUCGUCAUGUUUGGAGUCAUCACCGCCGUGGGGAUCUCUAAUCUGCAGUACGUGGACAUGAACUCCUCCAGGAACCUCUUUGUCUUCGGCUUCUCCAUCUACUGUGGGCUCGCCAUUCCCAACUGGGUGAACAAGAACCCUGAGAUGCUCCAGACAGGGAUCCUGCAGCUGGACCAGGUCAUCCAGGUGCUGCUGACCACGGGCAUGUUUGUUGGUGGAUUUCUGGGUUUUCUCCUGGACAACACCAUCCCAGGGAGUCAGGAAGAGCGAGGCCUUCUGGCAUGGAAUCAAAUCCAGGAGUCCGAGGAGACGCGGAAGGCCUCAGAAGUCUACGGCCUGCCCUGGGGGAUCGGCACCAAGUUCUGCACAUCUUCCUGUGUCCGGAGACUCCCCUUCUGGCCCAGGCUGGAACACGGGGGAAAAGGGCAAAUGAGUGUGAGCCAGCUUACCCUCUGCUCCCAGGUAUCCUCAGGAGAGCAGCCACGGGGCAACCUAGAAACCAGGAUGUGAGAACUGCCCCUUGACAGGGCACCACCUACCCACCAUCCACCUCCCACCCAGCUGUGCUGACCGCCCUGUUUAUGUGCUGGUGGUGCCCGCCCUGCCCGGUUCCUCCAGCACUUGGCAGCUGUGGCAGUCAGAGAAGUCUUAGACUAAGAUUCCCAGGCAGGCCCGGCCGUGCAGUCAUAGCAAAUUAACUGCAGUGCUGGAAGCCACAUGGCUGGCUGCAGUUGGGACCCGCAGUAGGCCUGAGGACACGCGUUCCAGCAUGCCCAGGAUCCUGAUGAGCUGAAGGGCUGGCGAAAGAGAAUCGCCGCAU